AUUUCAUAUACAUUUUCAAACCAUUCUUCAAGUCCGACACCAGCAGCUGCUAUCGGUUCCUUUUUCUCUCCAUAUUUAGAAUCCCAAUUGCCUUUUCAGUUUCAGAGAGACAGAGAAAUGGCUGGAGGAGGAUUUGCAGAUGGGGCGCCAUUGAAAAGGGCUCAUCUUUAUGAGUAUCGAAUCACUGGGUAUUUCAUUGCGGCUUGCUUUGUUGCUGCCCUUGGUGGGUCUUUGUUUGGCUACGAUCUUGGAGUUUCUGGUGGGGUGACUUCCAUGGAUGAUUUUCUGGAGAAAUUUUUCCCAAAAGUAUUCAGAAGAAAGCAGCUUCAUCUGAAAGAGACGGAUUACUGUAAAUAUGACAAUCAAGUUCUAACACUUUUCACAUCCUCUUUGUACUUUGCUGCUCUUGUCUCUACUUUUUCGGCUUCAUAUGUAACAAGAAAACGAGGUCGAAGAGCGAGCAUCCUUGUUGGAUCGGUUAGUUUCUUUCUGGGUGGUGCGAUCAAUGCUGCUGCAAUGAACGUCGCAAUGCUGAUCAUCGGACGAAUUUUCCUCGGCAUUGGUAUCGGUUUCGGUAACCAAGCUGUGCCUUUGUAUCUAUCCGAAAUGGCCCCGGCGAAGAUUCGGGGAGCGGUUAACCAACUGUUUCAACUAACUACUUGCUUGGGGAUUCUGAUUGCAAACUUCAUAAACUAUGGAACUGAUAAGAUUCAUCCAUGGGGAUGGAGGCUGUCUCUUGGAUUGGCCACAGUCCCAGCUACUUUGAUGUUCAUUGGGGGACUUUUCCUUCCUGAGACACCAAACAGUUUGGUGGAGCAGGGCAGAAUGGAGGAGGGAAGAACUGUGCUAGAGAAAAUCAGAGGGACGACGAAAGUCGACGCGGAGUUCGCCGAUCUUGUUGAUGCGAGCAAUGCUGCACGAGCAAUAAAACACCCAUUUAGGAACCUCCUUCAGCGAAAAAACCGACCCCAGCUCGUGAUUGGAGCGUUGGGAAUUCCAGCAUUCCAGCAACUCACUGGCAUGAACUCCAUUCUGUUCUAUGCUCCUGUCAUGUUUCAAAGCUUGGGGUUUGGUUCUGAUGCAGCUCUCUAUUCAUCAACCAUCACAAGUGCUGCACUUGUUCUUGCCACUUUCAUUUCAAUGUUCUUGGUAGAUAAGUUUGGCAGGAGAGCAUUCUUCCUCGAAGCUGGUGCAGAAAUGAUAUGUUGCCUGAUUGCAGUAGCUGUGACACUGGCGCUGAAGCUUGACCAAGGGGAGGAGAAGCUUCCGAAGGGGGUAGGGAUCUUCCUAGUGAUAGUGAUCUGCAUAUUUGUGUUGGCUUACGGAAGGUCAUGGGGGCCGCUCGGUUGGCUGGUGCCGAGCGAGUUGUUUCCAUUGGAGACGAGAUCAGCCGGGCAGAGCAUGGUGGUGUGUGUCAACAUGCUUUUCACGGCUUUGAUAGCGCAGUGCUUCCUGGCGGCUAUGUGCCAUCUCCGGUAUGGGAUCUUCCUGUUGUUCGCAGGUUUGAUUGUAAUAAUGUCCAGCUUCAUCUACUUCCUGUUGCCAGAAACUAAGCAAGUCCCUAUAGAAGAAGUGUAUCUGCUGUGGCAGAACCAUUGGUUUUGGAAGAGAUUUGAUAAAGACGGGAGACAAGGGACUCAACAUGUGUAGGAACAAUCAAAGAAAUGGCUGUAAUUUAGUAUACAAAAUGCUUUUUUUAUGGUAAAUUGCUAUUUUGUGUUUAUAAAUUUCCGAUGCAUAUUAAUAUGAUCCAGCCAAUAUUAUUCAAC